CCGUGGGGAGGCGGCGUUGGUGCUGCCCAAGCCGUGAGGUUUUUCCGGAGAAAGCCCGAGCCGCGGGGCUGCGGCAGUGCCGGGAGCUGCUGCAGUCCGCUCCUGGGCUGGAGGGGAGGGACAGAGGGCGGCGGUGGCGGAGCGGGGACACUCGCGGCGCUCCUGGGGUCACCUCAUUAGCCCGCUGCGACCCAGCGGGUUAAUAAUUAACAUCCGCGUCGGGAUUCUAGACCGUGUAGUGCUGAGGCAGUGGCACUAAAGUAUGGGCUUUGGUGCACCUGAAAGGGGAGAAAGUGGUAUUUUUGCUGGAGUUGGCCUGAAUCUAUGUGCUCCUUUACGAGAUUAUGCUUUUUCCUUCAAACUUCCUGACACAUCCUAUGCUCCGUCAGGAGGGGACUUCAGGAUACUCGCAGGGAUUGUGGCUAAACUGCAGCUCGCGACUCAUUAGUCAUCCUGCAAAAAUUUGUGGUGAAAGUUACUUGAGUAACCCUUUAAUCCGACUUCCGACAAUGCUCAGUGCUCUUGGGGUUGAUUAUUAAAUACUCAUGGUUAGUUUUAACUAUGCAAAAUAAGAGCUUACGUGGUUUGGUUGUUGUUUUUUCCUUGUGGGAUUUUCUCCUUCCCUCCCUUCUCCUUAUUUUUUAUUUUUUUAUUUGAAUAUAUUUUGGACAGAAAGACUCGGUUUGGUCAUAGGAGUUUAGUCUGGCCGUAGAAAGAUGUGUGUACAAAAUUACAUGCUGGACAUGGCAUCUGCGAGUUAUUGAGAAAACAUGAUUAUAGCGUUGUCCUUUGAGGAAAUUUCUGGUAAAUUAUUGCUCACUGUCUUAAAGAGAGAGACAGCCCGCAAUCCAGUUCUCUUCCCAAGCUGCUCAAAGCCGUUUCAUGUUCUUCUUGCAGUUCCGCUUUGGCUCCGGUGCUGUCACCGAGGGCGUGUGGGGCGGGGGCGGCAGGUGACACUCGGAUAUGAGAAAUGAGUGUUGGACGCAGAAGAUUAAAGCUGCUGGGAAUUCUGAUGAUGGUAAACAUUUUUAUUUAUGUGAUCGUGGAAGUCUCGAAGAGCGGCAGCCAAGACAAGAAUGCAAAAGGCCGUGUUGUUAUACCACGUAGCAAAUUCUGGAGGAAAUACACUCCUCACAAAGCUUAUUGGAACAAACAGCAACAGAAGCUUGAGCUGCUGUACAACCCUAUUCUGUCCUUACUUUCCAAUAUGACUGUGGAAGAGAACUUGGUUUCUAACCUGAGUGCCCUCAGUUCCUGUGACCCUGACCCCUUGGUGCACUCAGAGGUUAGUGACUUUGCAAACUUGCCAGACAGAUUCAAAGACUUCCUCCUCUAUUUGAGGUGUAGAAAUUACUCAUUGCUAAUGGAUCAGCCAAACAAGUGUGAACAGAAACCUUUCCUGCUGCUGGCUAUUAAGUCACUUAUACCCCAUUUUGAUAGAAGACAAGCAAUUAGGGAAUCCUGGGGCAAGGAAAUAGAAUCAGGGGAUGUGAUAGUCAGAAGGGUCUUCUUACUUGGGCAGACCCCACCAGAGGAUCAUUUUCCUGACCUUUCACACAUGAUUAAAUUUGAGAGUGACACCCACCGAGACAUUCUCCUCUGGAACUACAGGGACACUUUCUUCAAUCUGACUCUAAAGGAGGUGCUGUUUCUGAAGUGGGUCAGCAGUAGCUGCGCAAAUGUCCAGUUUAUUUUUAAGGGUGAUGAUGAUGUUUUUGUGAAUACCAAUCAGAUCCUGGAUUACUUGAAGAGCUUAUCAAAGGAAAAAGCCAAAGACUUAUUUAUAGGUGAUGUGAUCAAAGAUGCUGGACCUCACAGAGAGAAAAAAUUAAAGUACUACAUCCCAGAGAGCGUUUAUGAAGGUUCGUAUCCCCCGUACGCAGGAGGCGGUGGGUUCCUGUACUCUGGUGAUCUGGCACUAAGACUGAAUAAUGCAUCUGACCAGGUACUCCUCUACCCUAUUGAUGAUGUUUAUACUGGAAUGUGCCUUCAGAAGCUUGGGCUUGCUCCGGAAAAACACAAAGGCUUCAAAACAUUUGAUAUCGAAGAGAAAUACAGAAAUAACAUCUGUUCCUACACAAACUUAAUGUUAGUGCAUAGUAGAAAACCUCAAGAAAUGAUUAGGAUUUGGACACGCUUGCAAGACCCACACUUAAAUUGUUAAAGUAAUGUGCAUAAGUGUCUUAAGUCCAAAACACUUUGCAAGUUUGGAUCACUGAAGCUCUGUUUAAUAGUCGAAUUUUUGCUGUAAACUUUUUCCUGUACUUCUGAAAUCGAGAGUAAUAAAUUUGAAGGGAUGGCUUGAAGACUUGGUCCUGACUUUUCCACUGGUGGUCCUGGUGGUCAUUAUUUUUCAAUAUUCGUCUUAGUUUUAAAAAAGACUUUGAGGCUAUAACUAGCUGUCAGUGACUGCUUAGCUGUACUGGAAAUAGGGAUUGCCUACCACAAUGCAUCUUUCAUCUAUUGUGAUGGUGAAAAAUAAUUUUCCCUUGAGUGGUGUUUGUGUGUGGAAACCACUGUAAAUUGAAGAUACACAAAUUGUGGGAAUGUAGUUUUACUUUUAGGUAUGAUAUGGUUACAAGACUUUAAAUUUUGGGUUUUUUUAUUUUAUUUACAGUUUUCAGUUCUUUUGCAUCCUGGAACAGUAUUUUUUUCCCCUUCGCUUACGAUCCUUUGUGCAAAGUGUACAUGUAUCUGAAGGAUUUACCCUUUUAUUAGAUGAAGCUUUUUUUUUUUUUUAAACAAAAAAAAGAGCAUCAUUCUGCUUGAAAUGCCCCCUAAGAGCUCAAUGUGUAAGAAAAAAGAUGAGGUUUUUUCAGGGCUGGGCAGGUAGGGCUGCCCCUGCCUCAAGCCUACAUCCUGAAGCUGACUUGUUGCUCAUGUUAUUUGUGUGGAAAGCUACUCUGGUCAAUCCAUGUUUUCUUUUUGGGCACUAAAUGUGAGCAGGUAGCUUGAUUUGCUGGAAAUGACUGAAAUUGCACAUUGCUUCUUGAGAGCAUGGUUUGGGUCUCCUGUAAAGCGCCGGCGAACCCAGAAUUGUGCACAUCCCAAGAGUUUCAAAUUCCAAACCAAACUUUGAAGUUUGCAUGAAGCCUCAUGUAGAGUUACGUGUCCUUGACACUGAGAUCUUCUCUAUUUCCACAUCUUGCUUAUAAGAAUUACUCUAAAUAGUGGUCGCUUUCUUUGUAUAUGUAGAAGUGCCUGUCUAUUUAUUGUUCAGAUUGAAGACCAAAACAUUUUCUUAAAUAUAUUUUGUGUAACAUUUUAUUUGUAUAGUGUUGUCACUCGGAUAUUUAAAUAGAGCAUGAUAUUUUAAAUCUGAGAUGUGUAACGUGGUAAAUAAAGCUAAUUGUUAUUUUUGAAUUUGAAAAAUAAAAUGUGAUUUAAAUA